GGCAAAAUAACGUGAAACGUAAUAUUGAGGUUUUAGUUAAAUGCGUGAACAACAUGGUGGGCUACUGAUUACUUUAACCAAAAGCAUUUUAAUUUGUGAUUUCUGGUGUUAAAUCGAUACGUGAAUGAAAGCAUCAUGGACUGGAAAAGUGUUAAGAUUAUUUUGGCGUCUACGGCCACUGCAAUCGUCGCCUCCCAAAUAGCAAAAAAAGUGUACAGCUAUUUUUCCGACGCAGGAAAAUGCUCUCAAGAAGAGAUUAAUGACGAGACAUGCAAUGACACUUUAACUAAAAAUCGUGAAAUAAAUGAUGUGAUUUUAUUCUCGGACGACGUCGUUCGCCACACUAUUCGAGUGACACCGAACAAAGAAAUAACAAUGUGUGAGAGUAGAGAGCUCAAUUGUUUUAAGCUCAUAAAAUACAUAAAGUCAGCACGUGAAACAUUGGACGUUUGUAUGUACUUAAUAACAAGCAGUCAAAUAGCUGAGCAAAUCAUUCGGCUAGGACAAAAGCACGUGCUGGUUAGGAUAAUCGUCGACAGUGACAUGGCGAACACACCACCUUCGCAAAUAAAAAAGCUUAAAGAAUACAGUUUUAUUCAAGUGCAGACCAAUAAAAAAUCAAUUUUAAUGCAUCACAAGUUCUGCAUCAUUGACGGACCUAAAGCCGUUAAAAGGAAGAAUAUUUUAAAAAUGUACGCGGAAAAGCUAAACGUGCAUGCUCAGUUUAAAGCAUUGAACGAGAAAAAGCUGCAUAAAACCAGACCUGUCAAGGGCUUUGUGAUGUCAGGUUCCCUGAAUUGGUCCACCCAAGCCAUGGUCUCAAACCAUGAAAGUGUGAUUGUUACAUCCCAACAGAACAUCGUUGGUAAAUUCGAAAAAGAGUUCGAAAGUUUAUGGGUGGAAGAUGAGCCGGCACUCCUUACGACCUCGUGACAACAUAUUAUUUAAAAUGUAGCUGCUAAUAUACAAUUAUUUUUACCAACUAUUCAACAUCCACGAUAAAUGCAUUAAUGAUGCAACACCACAUGUGCAGUGAAAUGUGUGCCAAAUAUUCAGUGCAACCGUGUACCGACACCACACAUGUGACGUGAAUGUAACACACAAAUCAAUGUUCAAAAUGUAUUGUAGAUGUGGACAGUUGUUCGAAUUUACGUGAAAAAUGUGUUUAUAAUAAGUGCGCUUUGGAUGCAGUGUUCUCCGGUAGAUGGCGUUGUCGUCGUUGCUGAGCAAGUUGGGAUGUUCGUUCCGCUAUUCUCCACUAGGUGGCGCUGGUAAGUCGCCGGGUUUUCCGAACAUGUUUGACAACAAGCAUGCAAGCGAUUUCAAUCCAAACAUGUGAAUUAUUUAUGUACAUCACGUCAGCGUCGCUCGUCUUACCACUUGCAGCAAUGAUAUGACUUGGCUCAUCUACAGCAGCUUCCGCGGCAUUUUGUUAAUCUUUGUCCACCAGUUUAAGUAAAACAUUUUGUGUUGCAAUGAUAAGGUUGGUUACUUCAUCGUUUAUAUCUAGAUCAGGAACAGUUUUAAAUGCUGUCAACACUGAUCACCGCAUCCGCCUAUCUUCUCCCAUCUUUGUUAUUACGUGAUAGUGUUUGACUGCAUUUGUCUCAGUUCCUUUCAAGAGCAGUUGAUUUGUAACACAAAUUGUUCAUUUCUUUUUACCUUAAGACUGUUAUACAUUAUUGACAAUUGUAAGGUCCGGAUGAAAUCGGGAAAAUGUCAUCUUAGUUAGUAAGCCAAUGACUCCACCCUAUUGUGAUCUUCAUACCGUUUUUCCGAUUUCCGCCGAGAUCCUAACGUUCGCGCAUUGUUUUUAUUUAUACAAUUUUUUUUUAUCUUUCUACACAUUGGAUAUAAGAGUUUGUGUCGUACUUCGUGUUUUGAAUUAUAUUGACUAACAAUUACUAAACAUUCUAACGCAUGACUUUUUAUUUUUACAAUACCAACUCGCGAGUGUGCAUGACAAUGAUAAUGCUAAUUUUAAUAAUUUUAUAUUCAAUGUGUUUUAUCUCUUGUUUUUAGACAAGAUGCUAGACUUGACAUGCUUUAAUUUUAUACUACAUUAUUUAAGAAAGAUAUAUUUUAAUUGAUUAUGAAAUGUUUACUUCAACAAUAUGUAAUUAUAAUUAAUAAAUAUCAAUAUCAUCAUAAAUCAAUAUUAUUGUCGUACGCCAAUGCGUCAUAAAACUUGAUUUUAGGUUAAAAUUCAAUUGAUACUUAAAUUCGAGUUUUAGUAUUUGCAUGGCAAUACCCGGGAUUGCAUUUUAUGUUUUUUUAUGAUGAAAAAUUUGAUUAUGCAAUCUGUAAAAUUAAUUCAAAUUAUGAGAAAUUAUUUAAUGCAGAAUUGAAUACAAUACUAUUAUAAAUCUUAAUAAAACAAUGUUUCGGCAUGA